UGCAGCGCGCCGGGCCCAAGAUGGCCGCCGUGUCAGUUUCGGGCUUCGCUGCCGUCCGGCCUUCACCUCCCGGGUCCCCGUGCUCGCGGGCCUCGGCCUAACAUUAGAGCUCUUUUGAUUGUGAGACCAGAAGCUCAGUGUGAAAACAAAUAAUGUUCGAGAAAGAAGGAUUAAUUCAGAACAGAAAACGCGUAUGCUAUGGUUAGCUGGUUCCCAUCAUUCGAGGAUCUGUUUUCUCAUCAUUUGAAACUUGUUCAGCAUCAGGAUAAAGGAUAACGACUCUAUGGAUAUACAGAAUUCUUCACCAUGGUAAAACUCGCCAACCCGCUGUAUACAGAGUGGAUUUUGGAGGCAAUCAAAAAGGUAAAGAAGCAAAAACAACGACCUUCAGAGGAGAGGAUAUGCAAUGCAGUGUCAUCUUCGCAUGGUUUGGACCGCAAAACUGUUCUGGAACAGUUAGAGUUGAGUGUUAAAGAUGGAACUAUUUUAAAAGUCUCCAACAAGGGUCUCAACUCCUACAAGGAUCCUGAUAAUCCUGGGAGAAUAGCACUUCCAAAGCCACGGAACCAUGGCAAGUUGGAUGGUAAACCAAAUGUGGACUGGAAUAAACUUAUUAAACGGGCAAUUGAGGGCUUGGCUGAGUCUAGUGGCUCAUCCUUGAAGAACAUCGAGCGCUUUCUGAAAGGUCAGAAAGAUGUAUCUGCAUUAUUUGGAGGUAGCGCUGCCUCCAUUUUUCACCAGCAAUUACGAUUAGCCGUCAAACGUGCUGUUGGCCAUGGUAGGCUCCUUAAGGAUGGACCUCUGUACCAACUCAACACUAAAGCAACCACUAAUGCUGAUGGGAAGGAGAGUUUUGAAUCUCUUUCCUGUCUCCCUCCAGUGUGUCUGCUUCCCCACGAAAAGGAUAAGCCGGUUGCGGAACCAAUUCCAAUUUGCAGUUUCUGCCUUGGUACAAAAGAGCAGAAUCGGGAGAAGAAGCCCGAGGAUCUCAUCUCUUGUGCUGACUGUGGCAACAGUGGUCAUCCGUCCUGUUUGAAGUUCUCUCCAGAGCUGACAGUUCGAGUGAAAGCCUUGAGAUGGCAGUGUAUUGAAUGCAAAACAUGCAGUUCCUGUCGAGAUCAAGGGAAAAAUGCUGAUAACAUGCUAUUUUGUGACUCCUGUGACCGUGGCUUUCACAUGGAGUGCUGUGAUCCUCCUCUUACCAGAAUGCCAAAAGGUAUGUGGAUAUGUCAAAUAUGUCGACCACGGAAGAAAGGAAGAAAACUGUUACAGAAGAAGGCAGCACAGAUAAAAAGACGCUAUGCUAACCCUAUAGGACGUCCCAAAAACAGGUUAAAGAAUCAAAAUACAACAUCAAAAGGUCCUUUCAGCAAAGUUCGCACUGGUCCUGGUCGGGGUCGGAAGCGUAAGAUGGCUCUGUCCAGCCAGUCAGCAUCAUCAGAAGGAGGAUACCUGGAACAAACAGAUGUCUUGGACUUCUGCAGAGAUGGCAGCAACACCUUGAAGUUUAACAAGAAAACCAAAGGGCUUAUAGAUGGCCUUACUAAAUUCUUCACUCCCUCCCCUGAUGGACGAAAAGCUCGAGGAGAAGUGGUAGACUAUUCUCAGCAGUAUAGGAUCAGGAAAAAGGGUACCAGGAAGUCUAGCACUUCAGAAUGGCCCACAGACAAUCAGGAUGGCUGGGAUGGAAAACAAGAAACUGAGGAGCGUUUUUUUGGAAGCCAGGAUGUCUUAAAUGAAAAAGACAUGGAGUUGUUUCGAGAUAUUCAGGAACAAGCACUGCAGAAAGUAGGGGUGACUGGGCCCCCUGAUCCACAAGUCCGGUGCCCUUCUGUUAUCGAAUUUGGCAAGUAUGAAAUCCAGACCUGGUACUCCUCCCCAUAUCCACAGGAAUACUCGAGGCUACCGAAGUUGUACCUUUGUGAAUUCUGUCUAAAAUAUAUGAAAAGCAGAACGAUUCUCCAACAGCAUAUGAAAAAAUGUGGCUGGUUUCAUCCUCCAGCCAAUGAAAUUUACAGAAAAAAUAAUAUAUCAGUCUUUGAGGUUGAUGGCAAUGUCAGCACUAUCUACUGCCAGAAUUUGUGCUUGUUAGCUAAACUCUUCUUGGAUCACAAGACUCUGUAUUACGAUGUGGAGCCAUUUCUUUUUUAUGUGCUGACACAGAAUGAUGUUAAGGGCUGUCACCUUGUUGGCUACUUUUCCAAGGAAAAACACUGCCAACAGAAGUACAAUGUUUCCUGUAUAAUGAUUCUUCCACAAUACCAGCGUAAGGGCUACGGCAGGUUCCUAAUUGACUUCAGCUAUUUACUUUCAAAGCGUGAGGGUCAAGCAGGAUCACCAGAGAAGCCCCUGUCAGACCUGGGGCGCCUGUCAUAUAUGGCUUAUUGGAAAAGUGUAAUAUUGGAGUGCCUUUAUCACCAGCGUGACAAGCAAUUAAGCAUCAAGAAACUGAGCAAGCUGACUGGAAUCUGCCCUCAAGAUAUCACUUCCACUCUGCAUCAUCUACGAAUGCUUGAUUUCCGUAGUGAUCAAUUUGUGAUCAUUCGUCGUGAGAAGCUUAUCCAGGAACAUAUGGCAAAGCUUAGAACUAAUGUCCGACCUAUUGAUGUGGAUGCAGAAUGUCUGCGUUGGACACCUGUUAUAGUUUCCAACUCAGUUGUCUCUGAAGAUGAAGAAGAGGAAACAGAGGAUGGGGAAAAUGAUGAGCAACAAAAGCAGAAAGAAAAGGAUCCAGAGACCAGCAUGGUAAAAUCUGUGUCAUGGGAGAAGAAAGAGCAAGAGCCUUACUCACCAACAGAGAGUGAAAAAAAGCCAGACAUUGUUGUUCCAGCCAAUUCUGCACGACCAAACAAGCACAUUUUUCCCCUGGAUAGUCUUCCUGCAAACAGUCAGCCAUCACGAAGAGGUCGAUGGAACCGCAAGAGCAAAAAACUUCAUGAGCCCUUUUGUGAGAAGGAGCCAGCAUUGCCCAUCCAGGAAAAAACACCAGUUCCCAGUGGACGAUGCAGUGAAUGUGAGGAAAAAUCAGCAGCCUCACGAGGCCGCUGCAGUGACUGUGAGGAGAAGUCAGUGGCCUUGCAAGGAAGAUGUGGUGAAUGCGAGGAGAAAUCUCCAGCCUCGAGAGGCCGGUAUGCUGAAGAUGAGGAAAAAUCUGCAGCUUCCCAGGGACAGUAUGGCAAAGGUGAAAAAUCUGCAAUUCCCCGUCGGCAGCACAGUGAAGGUAUGGAAAGGUGGAGGGGGCAGUUGAAAAAGAACACAGAACCACUGAAAUGUAGAUUCCCAGAGGACUGUGACAGAUUACCCCGGCGCUACAGUGAUGGUGAUAGGGCACUUCUGAGGUGUUUUAGUGAGAGCAGUGAGGAGGAAGAUGAUGAGCCUGUGAGUCCUCGAUCAAGCUCUCCACCUGUUCUCACCAAGCCAGCAUUGAAAAGAAAGAAACCAAUUCUUCAUCGGAAGAGGCGAGUCCGCAAGCGUAAGCACCACAACAGCAGUGUUGUCACUGAAACAAUCUCAGAAACCACAGAAGUGCUGGAUGAACCAUUUGAAGACUCAGACUCUGAACGACCAAUGCCUCAAUUAGAGCCUACAUUUGAGAUCGAGGAGGAGGAAGAGGAGGAGGAGGAAGAUGAAGAGGAGGAGAGUGAACUUUCAUCGAGUGGGUACUUUCGACCCUUAGCCCAACCAGACACACUCAGGCAUAGACCCUCUUCUAAGAGGAAGUCCAGAGAUGAGGAGGAGUCCGAUGACAAUAAUGGUAACCCACCCUUGAAACCGUUAUCUAUGCUGAGGAAUAGUGAAGCAAAAGAUUCUUCACUUGAACCAGAUACUUCCACACCUAUGAAAAAGAAAAAGGGAUGGCCAAAAGGGAAAAGCCGAAAACCAGUCCACUGGAAGAAAAGGCCUGGUCGAAAACCAGGUUUUAAACUGAACCGGGAAGAGGUGCCACUAUCAGUUCAGGAUGAAAUAGUUGAUGAAGUGGUAGCUAAUUCAAAACCAGGGCGUAAGGCCAAAAAUUCAGAUAAAGAAGAAUGUGUUGAGCAGAAAGACCUGCCUCUCACUGAGGAGAGGAAAGAGGAAGAUGUGAAUAUGGAAGCAGAAGAGGUAGGAGAGGGAGAAGAGGAAGAUACAGCCAGCAGUGAAGUUAGAGCAGUUUCUCCUGUGGACAGCAGCAGCAGUCCAGUGCCAGAAGUAAAAGAACCUGAGGUAGAAGAGGAAGUGGAGGAGAAGCCACGGAUUUUAGAAGAGCAGAGGCAAUCAGAAGAAGAGCAGCAAGAAUUAGAUGAGCCUGAACAGGACCAUGAGGAGGAAGAGGAAGUUGCAAUAGUGACAAAUCAAAAUGAAGAUCAUGAUGCUGAUGAUGAAGAUGAUGGUCAUCCAGAGUCUUUGAAGAAAAAAGAAUUGGAGGAACACCCUGUUAAAGAAGGGGUGAAGGAGGAGCCUCAGGUGCAAGAAUGUUUUUUAGAAACAAACGUACCAAGCAGUAGAGAAGAUGUGAAAGAAAAAGAUGAAGCAGAGGCAGAUUCUGAGGAAGAGCAGGCUUCCCAUGAGACAUCAGUGGGCUCAGAGCAUGUCCCUGGGUCUGAAGAUGAUCAUGAAGAAGAGCAAAGUAAUAAAGAGGGGUUAAUUGAAUUAAAGGAAGAGGAAGAGAUUCCUCAUAGUGAACUAGAUCUUGAAACUGUUCAAGCAGUCCAGUCCUUGACACAGGAGGAAAGCAAUGAGCAUGAUGUAGCUUACCAGGACUGUGAAGAAACUCUUGCAGCUUGUCAGACUUUGCAGAGUUAUACACAGACUGAGGAGGAUCCUCAGAUAUCAAUGGUUGAAGAUUGCCAGGCCUCAGAACACAAUAGUCCAAUAUCGUCUGUUCAGUCCCACCCCAGCCAGUCUGUGCGUUCUGUCAGCAGCCCAAAUGUGCCUGCUCUGGAGAGCAGUUACACACAGAUAAGUCCUGAACAAGGAUCCCUGUCCGCACCCUCUAUGCAGAACAUGGAGACCAGCCCCAUGAUGGAUGUGCCUUCAGUAUCGGACCACUCUCAGCAGGUGGUGGAUAGUGGCUUCAGUGACCUUGGCAGCAUUGAGAGCACUACAGAGAAUUAUGAAAACCCCAGCAGCUAUGACUCCACUAUGGGUGGCAGCAUUUGUGGAAAUAAUUCUUCCCAGAGCAGCUGUUCAUAUGGAGGACUGUCUUCUUCUAGCAGCCUCACUCAAAACAGUUGUGUUGUCACUCAGCAAAUGGCAAACAUUGGCAGCAGUUGCAGCAUGAUGCAGCAAAACAGUGUCCAGCCUGCAGCAAACUGUAAUAUCAAGUCACCUCAGAGCUGUGUAGUAGAAAGGCCCCCAAGUAACCAGCAACCAACAACACAGCCACAACAGCAGCAGCCUCAGUCCCAGCAGCCACAGCCUCCACCUCCACCCCAGCAGCAACCUCCAUUAUCUCAGUGUAGCAUGAACAACAGCUUCACCCCAGCACCUAUGAUCAUGGAAAUACCUGAAUCAGGCAGCGCUGGUAACAUAAGUAUCUAUGAGAGGAUUCCAGGGGAUUUUGGUGCUGGGAGCUAUUCACAACCAUCAGCCACGUUCAGUUUAGCCAAGUUGCAGCAGCUGACAAACACCAUUAUGGACCCUCAUGCCAUGCCUUAUAGCCAUUCUCCUGCUGUGACUUCCUAUGCAACCAGCGUUUCUCUUUCCAACACAGGGCUGGCUCAGCUGGCUCCCUCUCACCCCCUGGCUGGCACCCCACAAGCACAAGCCACUAUGACACCCCCACCAAACCUGGCAUCUACCACCAUGAACCUCACAUCACCUCUGCUUCAGUGUAAUAUGUCCGCUACCAAUAUUGGUAUUCCCCAUAGCCAGAGGCUGCAGGGGCAGAUGCCAGUCAAGGGGCACAUUUCCAUCCGGUCCAAAUCCGCACCCCUGCCCUCAGCCAGCGCACACCAGCAGCAGCUGUAUGGCCGCAGCCCACCCGCCGUCGCCAUGCAGGCUGGGCCUCGGACCUUGGCUGUGCAGCGGGGCAUGAACAUGGGAGUCAACCUGAUGCCAACCACCCCGUACAACGUGAACUCCAUGAAUAUGAACACCCUGAAUGCCAUGAACAGCUACAGAAUGACACAGCCCAUGAUGAACAGCAGUUACCACAGUAACCCUGCCUACAUGAAUCAGACAGCACAGUAUCCUAUGCAGAUGCAGAUGGGAAUGAUGGGGAGCCAGGCCUAUACCCAGCAGCCUAUGCAGCCAAAUCCUCAUGGAAACAUGAUGUACACUGGCCCCUCCCAUCACAGCUACAUGAAUGCUGCUGGGGUGCCCAAGCAGUCUCUUAAUGGACCAUACAUGAGAAGAUGAGCAAGAUCAACUUGCAUCCUAAAAACUGAAAUAAAUAUAAAUAAAGGAACCUUUUAUACUGACGAACCAGAGAAAAUGGACCUUUUUCCAGUUAAAAUAUUGCUGUAGAUUUAGAGGGAUUUUCUUUGUUUUAUUUUAUUUUUUAGGAAGCCUGGGUUUUAUUUUCUUGAUUUUUGUUUGCUUGUUUGUUUGUUUGUUUGUUUUUCUUUUCUUCACAAUUGUCAAACAUUUUACAGCUAAAAUCACUUACAGAUAUUUUUAAGAGGGGAAAAAAUGCACAAAAUCUUCUCAUAAUUUAAAAAGAGCCUUACUUUGCUGACAAAGUGGACAGACUAUGUGUAACGUGAUCUUCCUAAAUCAUCUUCCUAAAAUUUUUUUUCAAUAUAUGUCCUUUUCCCUCCCCUGUGCCCCUCUGUAUGCAGUUUCUAGUGCUGCAGCCAUGUAAAAUGUUUGACAUCUCAAAGAAUAACAAUCCUUCCCUCUAAACCCCACGUAACAUUUCCUACUUCUAGCAGGAGGCACUUAUUGGGAAAUUUGGAAGGGGACACAGAGGAUAAAUGAAGAUCUUUAUUUCUGCAAGUCAGGAAAAAUCUUUAAUUUUCCUUGACUCCCUCACCCUCAGUAAAAUUUGGAGUUAGGUGUAUACAAUAAACCAUUCACAUUGGUGUUUUUGUAGAUGAGUUAAUUGAAAUUGUAUGUUCUAUGCUGAAAAUAUAAUGUAACUUUAAAAUGAUUCCAUUCACCACCCAGGCAUGCACAUGAACACACACGUGCAUGCAUGCACACAUGUUCUGUCACUGAACUGCUGGAAGCAUCUCAAGAGAGAGCUUGUUCUGUAUCCCUUCGGCAGUCGUGAAGAGGACAGGGUGGGUAAUGGUCUGUUAGGACAAGAAAGUGGUUACAGGCUCUUCUGGUGACCUGCAAGUCAGCCGCAGCUCUGAGAUCCCAGACUGCUUUAGUACAUACUUGGAAAUGCUGAGGGUUUUGGUUCUGAGCCUUUGAGUCAGACUGAGCUCGGAAGCAGCUGUUUCCAGUUGAUCUCUUGGCUUGGGAAAUGCUGGAAGAAAAAGUGUGCAUUUGGUGACUGGGAUGAGAACCCUGUGGUGUCCUCAUCACUCUUCCAUUCCUGGUCUGGGGUAGGAAGUUGCUGGAUGUGCCGCUUUCUGGGAGUCAGUGAUAUUUUUCCUGAUUCUCUUACUUUGUUUGAUAUCCAUUUUAUAGGAAUAGCCACACGUUUGAUCUAGUGUGGGAAAAGAAGGGAAUCGGCCUCUUUUACAGCAGUGAAACCGUCCCAACACCAUAGCAGGAUCCAAGCGGCAGGAUUUUGCUGUUUAUUACUGCAAAAUCCAAUUUGCGUUAAUUUUGGCUACACUGCUGGCAUGUCACCCAGUACAAAAAGGGACAACCCUUUAAUGUAAAGUUCUUUUUUUAUUGUAUAUGAAGUAGAAAUGCAGACACAUUAAUAAGACUAAUUCCUUUUGUUUUUAAACCAAAAGAAUCUAAAAGUUGGGGUUUCUUCAGAUGCACUAAAAUGGACUUUCCUCCAGUAACUGCUAACCAUACAAGGCAGAAUUCAAAGGACUUCCACUUUUUAUUUCUGUUUAGUUUUGAGCAUGUACAAGGCUGUGUAGGACCCCAUUUCUCUGUAUAUAAUAUUCCAGUUCCAAAUAACCCGUGUAGAAAGCGCACUGUGCUGCCCUCUCUUCUUAGAUCUUCAGCUGUGUCGCUGCUUCCUGGGGGUGGGGGUGGGUCUGAGACAGGAGGAGAAGCUGUUGAAACGAGGGCCAUGAAUUUAGUUUGUUUGCCUUUAUGUUUGGUUUGGUUUUGUAUGGGUUUUUUUUAUCAAUUGGGCAGCUCCCUUUUCCACAAACCUUUGUGACUGUAGAACUAUUGUAGAAAAAAAAAAAGUUCUUUUCUAUAUAUAAAAAGAAAUUAUCCAGCGCAGUAAUAUUGGUACCUACCAUUUUUUCACUUCUGUUUAAAAAAAAAUGUAUUUUUAGCAAGAUAACUUGGGUAAUCUUCUAAAAGAAAUUAAAAGAAACUCACUCUUAGUGACUUCGAUGCCUUUUAAAAAUAAGAGCUUUUUCAUUUCAUUCCAUCUUUAAAAUUUUUUAUCUUUGUUGUAGAAUAUUAAAAACUAUUUUAAGAAAGAUAAAAUUCUCUUUAAAGAGAUCUCUAGAGUGUGUGAAUAGGAGCUCCAGAUGCCUCUAAAAGCCGCAUGUACAAAUGAAGCUGAGUCUAUUCCUGUCUGUUUAUAUUUGCUUUUCCUGUUUUGUAACCUCUUUGUACUUUGUUCAUGGUGACUUGUAAGCUAAGGGGAAGGGGGUGCCUAGAUGCCUUUGUAAUUCUCCAUGUCAUACGCUCCUGGCUGGAUGGUCUCCCUUCCUCUCCUUGUAUGUAAUAUCACUUUUUUUUCCCCUUUCUAGCAAGUACUUUCAAAAGAACUCUGUACAUUUUAACAUAAAAAAAAUAAAUUAUGUUGAGCCAUUUUGGA